AUGGUAAAUGCAGUAAAUUUACCAACUCAUUUAUUACCUCAGGCUUUUUUAAAUCAACAAAAUGAUCGCAACUACAAAGCAAUACCUAAUCAACAACAACAUCAACAACAGCACCAGUCUCAGCAACAACAACAACAACCAUUGUAUCAUACAUUAAAUCCAAGUGCUCAAUAUAGUCAACAAUCUUUAAAUAAUCAAUCUAUACAUUCAAAUACUUACAUACAACCGGAAAGCCCGAGUCAUAAUCAACCAUUUUUAAUGAAUCAACAACAAAAUCAGCCUUUUAGUCAUCCAAAUUAUCAAUCACAAAAUCCAAUUCAACAACAACAACCAUAUAAUUUUCAAUUUGAACAAUAUCAAAAUCGAAAUAAUCGACAGCACCUGCUAGGCUAUUUUAAUGAUUCACAUCAACAUUAUCAAUCUACUACUACAAAUGGAGAUUAUAGUCUGAAAAAUAGAUCAGCAUCUUCAUUGACUUAUGGUAAUUCUAUGCAACCUCAGCCUUUUGAAAAUAGACCACAACAAUUGACGCAUAAUAAAUCACCUCCAAUUUUGCCAUACCAUAAUCAACCAACUCAGCCACCACCUCAACCACAACCUCAACCACUACCACAACCACCUUAUCCUGUAAGUAAUAAUCCAAUACCUAAUUUUCAACCACAACAAUCCCAAUCUUCAAUACCGCAACAACCUCGUCGACAAGUUAGAAAAGCUCCUUCGAGUAAUUUACCACCAAUUAUGAAUGAUCAAGUAUUGUAUAAUAAUCAAGAAUCAAGAAGAAUUGUUUCACAACCAUCUCAAUCUCAACCUAAUUAUAUAAGUAAUGACUCAAGAACAAAAUCUUUAUCAUCCACGUCAAUGAAGAAUAAAAUACAAGAAGCAAAUAAUAUCAAUAAUAAUAAAAACUCAAAUAGCAGUCAAAAUUCAAGCACAUCACUACAUCAUACAUUCUCCUUGUCCUCAAAAUCUCGAUCAUUUACAUCAAUCUCAAAAUUAUCUUCAUUAUCAACUAAAAAAUUUGGGUCUUCAUCAUCAAUUUCAAACAAUAAAGUAGAGAAAUCAAAUACUCAUUCUAGUUCAAAAACUUUAACACCAUCAUUUCAACAUAAAUCAUCAAUAUAUCCAGCAAUUUUGAGUGAGGUUGCAAAAUUAUUUAAAGAAGUUAUAAUAUUGACUAUAAAUACAAAAGAUGGUUUAGAAUAUCAUGAUACAUUUACUGGUAAAAUGGCUGUUGAUAUUUUAUGUCGUAUAAUACGUACAAAUGAUCGUAAUUUAGCAUUAUUAUUAGGUAGGUCAUUAGAUGCUCAAAAGUUUUUCCAUGACGUGACUUAUAAUCAUAGAUUAAGAGAUUCAGCUCAUGAGGUAUAUGCUUUCAAUCAUGUUUAUAAUGAUGUUGAUUUUUUCGAUCAAGAUGGUAAUCAUAGCAAUCUGAAUUCUGCAUUAAAUUCAAAGCAUGGUUCAUUUGUUGAUUCAAAUCAAUUACAUGAUCAUUUCUUAACUCAACAAUUACCACAACAAGUUGAUCAACCAUCGUCAGCUGAAUAUCAAAAUCAAAAUUCUACUAGUAUUGGUAAUAAAACCAUAAAUGCUAAAGAAUUAAGUGCAAGUCAACAAACUGGUGUUAAUGGUGUAUUCACAAUUUUAACUGAUUGCUAUUCACCAACAUGUAGUAGAAAUAAGUUAUGUUAUAGUAUUGCAUGUCCAAGAAGAUUGGAACAACAAGCUAGAUUAAAUUUAAAACCUCAAGGUGGAUUAAAAAGAGCUGUUUCAAAAUUAUCAUUACAUGAUCAACAAGAAGAAAAUGAAACUUUAUGGCAUAAAACUGUACCUCAAUCAGUUCUUGAUAAAUUGGAUAAACAUGAAAAAACUAGACAAGAAUUAAUUUAUGAGUUCAUUUAUACUGAAAGAGAUUACGUCAAGGAUUUAGAAUUCAUGUCUGACUUUUAUAUCAUGCCUUUAAAAAAUCCUGCGAAUAAUAUAAUACCCGAAUAUCAACGUGAAUCAUUUAUUUAUGCUGUUUUUGGUGGUGUUAAUGAAUUAUUAAAAUUGGCAAGACAAUUGAGUGAAGCAUUAAUAAAAAGACAACAACAACAAAAACCAGUUGUAGAGACUAUUGGUGAUGUAUUUUUAGAUUAUAUCGGACAAUUUGAGCCAUUUAUUAAAUAUUCAGGUAACAAAGUUUUUGCAAGUUUUGAACACGAAAGACAACAAAGUGUAAAUAUGAAAUAUGCAAGAUUUUUAGAUGCUAUUGAAAAGAAACCUGAAAGUAGAAGACAGGAUUUAUCUUCUUUUUUAAUUAAAGGUGUCCAAAGACCUGCAAGAUAUCAAUUAUUAUUGGCUGGUAUUUUAAAACAUACAAAACCUGAAUCACCAGAUUAUAAAUUUUUAGUUAAAGCAAAAGAAGAAAUUGAAAAAUUAUUGGUUAAAAUUAAUAUUCAAACUGGUAUAAGUACUGAUAGACAUAAAAUUAUGGUUUUACAUAGAUUAUUGGGCAAAGAAACUUUGGAAAAUAAAUUUAAUUUUAAAUUAUCAUAUAAUCAUAGAAUUAUUUAUCAAGUUACAUUAUCAAGAAAAAGAGAUAAUGAAAAAAUUGAAUUAUAUUUAUUUGAACAUGCAUUAUUAUUAGUUAAAAGCAAAGUUCAGAAUAAAAGAGAACAACAUAAAGUUUUUGAAAGACCAAUUUAUUUACCAUUAUUAUUUGUAAAUAGUGGAAUUGAAAUUCCAACAACAAGAACAAUUUUACAUCAUAGAUUUAAUUCAUCAUUAAUUUCAGACACUGGUAUAAGAAAUCAAAGACAAGAAAGUAAUAAUUAUAUUGGACAAACAUUAAAUUCAUCAAGUUCAUCAAAAUUUCAAAUUAACAUAUUUGGUUUAGGAUCAAAUCAAGUUCAUACAUCAUUAUUUGCUGAAGAUUUAACGAUUCAAAAUCAAGUUUUACAACAAAUCAAUCAACAACAAAAGAAAUUAAUUACUGAUAAUGACUUUUUUACCCUUUGUAAAUUUGAAACUAGAAGAUUUACUGGUAAUAAUAAAAUUAACUGUGGUGUACCUUGUUAUGGUGGUAAAAAAUUAUUAUAUGGUACAGAUUCUGGUGUUUGGGUAAGUACAGUUCGUUCAAUUUCAACAACAUCAAAUGAAAAAAUUGUCAGUGAUCCAACUUUAGUUAUAUCAAAACCAUAUAUUACACAAAUUGAAGUUUUAGUUGAAUAUUCAAAAUUAUUAGUUUUGAGUGAUAAAAAUUUAUAUGAGUAUGAAUUAUCAUGUACUGAUUCAUUAGAUCAUGUUAAAAAUACAAAAUCUGGUAAAAUUAUAAUGCAACAUAUCAGCUUUUUCAAAAUUGGUGUUUGUGAUGGAAAACUAUUAAUUUGUGGUGCUAAAACUGGAUCUUCACAACAUUCAAUAUGUAUAUUUGAACCAGUUAAUCCAUUUGAAAAAAAUUCAAAUAAAAAUUUCCAAAAAUCUAAAUCUUCGAAAGUUGAAAUUCAAGAAAUUCCAUUUAGUUCAGAUCCAAUAAGUAUAUCAUUUUUAAAAUCAAAAUUAUGUAUUGGAUGUACAAAAGGUUUUGAAAUUUUUUCAUUACAAAAUGGUAAUAAAGAACCAAUUUUAGAUGAAGCUGAUCCAUCAUUAGAUUUUGCAAUUCAAAAAGAAUCAGUAACACCAUUAUCAAUACAUAAAUUGGGUAGAAAUUUCUUGUUGAGUUAUUCAGAAUUUGUAUUUUUAAUUAAUAAAAAUGGUUGGAGAACAAAUCAUGAAUGGGGUAUAUUUUGGGAAGGUAAUCCACAAAAUAUAGCAUUAUUUUUCCCAUACAUUUUAUCAUUUGAACCAAGUUUUAUUGAAAUUAGAGAUUUACAUUCAACUAAUUUAUUAAGAAGUUUAAUUGGUGAAAAUAUAAGAUUUUUACAUUCAAAUGAACAUGAAGCAAUGUUUGCUUGUGAAGAAAAUGGUUAUGAUAUAAUUUUGUCUAUUGACUUUUUAAAUUUGAAACCAAAAUUAGAAGAAGUUAAAUAA